AUGCGAAUCAGUCCACUCUUGCCUUAUCUCAAGAUUCUCAGCACACACACACACACAGAGUUGAAGAAGCUUGAACGAAGAAAGGAAAUGGCAAUCACAGUGCCUAGAAUAAAACUGGGUUCACAAGGUUUUGAGGUAUCAAAACAGGGACUGGGCUGCAUGGGAUUGACCUUUAACCAUGGUUCUCCCAAGCCAGAAGAGGAAAUGAUCAAACUCAUCCACCACGCCAUCAACACCGGCGUCACCUUCCUCGACACCUCCGAUAUAUACGGUCCCCACACCAACGAACUCCUUGUUGGCAAGACCAAACCGAGAGAAAAGUGA